GCGAUGCCUGCUUUUCUGCUCUCUCUCAUGUUGCAUGUGUGCUGGUUUGAAAAGUGAAAACAUGUAUUGCGCAAGAGACCUCCCUGUUUUGUUCAUCGGUUGAGAUUUCAUGGGAUGCAUAUGGAUUGCUUGUGAGGAAUUUGACCACAUUUUGUGCCUAUGCAAGGACUGGGUUGUAUGUACAUCAGGAAUAAGCCAAUAAUGACAGCUCAUGUUUGGAAAACAACAUAACUUCAAAGUUCUGGCCAUAAAUAGGGGAAAUAUCCACCAUGUAUCCUAACGGAUCUCUGUUCUCACUGGUGCUGACUUUGCACUCUUUGGAUCUGCCUGAGAUGAGCAUUUACCCUGCUUUCAUUUUUGGAAUAGUGGCAUACUUGAUUAUUUUACUCUUUAAUUUUACAAUUGUUUUUACCAUUUGCUUGAACAGGAAUCUUCAUAAGCCAAUGUAUAUCCUGUUGCUAAACAUGCAGAUCAAUGACUCUAUUGGUGCCACAUGCUUUUUCCCUCAGCUGCUGUAUAGUAUAUGGUCUCAGGACAGAUCAGUUCCCUAUCCUGCAUGUUUCCUGCAAGGCUUUCUUGUACACUUUUAUGGUGGUGGGUCUUAUGUAAUUCUUACCGCCAUGGCCUACGACAGGUAUAUUGCUAUCUGCAGUCCGUUGAGAUAUGGUGUCAUCAUGACUAAAGAUAAUCUAGUGAGAAUCAUAACUGGAAUGUGGCUCUUUAAUUUUACAGUUAUUUUUGUACUUUUCUGUUUACUCAUGCCUUACACGAUUUGCCAGACUUACAUGGCAGAGCUUAUCUGCUACAACCCAUCUAUAAUGAAAAUUGUAUGUGAAGACACAAAAGUAAACAACAUCUAUGGGUUGUUUACCAUUCUUUUAUUCCACAGUCUUUCACUUGCUGCUGUGGCAUUUACAUACAUUCAUAUAUUAAUCACUUGUGUUACAAAUAAGCAGUCUGAUGCAAAGAUUAAGGCGAUUCAAACAUGUGGUACUCAUUUGGUGGCCUUCCUUUUCUUGGAAUUCAACACUCUUUUUCUUCUGCUUGCACAUCGGUCUGAAAGUGUUUCACCUUACCUACGGAGGAUGUUUUCUGUGUCUAUUCUUGUAUUUCCACCAAUUGUGAAUCCAGUCAUUUAUGGCUUUAAAAUGAAAGAAAUUAGACAGAAAAUGUUUUCAUAUUUUACGAGAAAGAUAAGCAGUUUCUGA